AAAAACUAAAAAAAAUCCCCCUAAUUACACCAGCAAUUCAGCAAUAAUACCUUUCCCUCACCAAAAACCUCCCCAAAACCCCUGUUCCACCCUAAAGUUCCAACCUUUUUUUUCUUUCACAGCAAAAAAUUCGAAACCUAGGGUUCCGAAAUUGAAAUUACUUCCAUUGCUCCUUCAUACUUGUUGAUCUGCGCCUUACACCCUUCACUGUUCGACACUCCGACCGCCGUCCUAGACGCCGGUGUGGACGCAGCCAGCAGCUCGCACCAUCUAUUGUGAGAUUGCAACUCUUGAAGAGGUGACUCAUCGAUUCCGAACCAACGUGGGUGAAAUCUAGAAUCAACCACAUCAACCAUGGCAAAAUCUAAGCCAAAACACACCAAAUUAGGCAAGCAAAGGCGGCAGAAUGAGGUUGAAGAGAUCCAAUUUCUCGAAAAAUGGAUUGAAUUUGGAAAGCCCGCCUCAGGUUCGAAUCCGCUAUCUCUCCCUCCAUUGUCAAAGGAUUCUCCGGUGGGUAAACUGGUAGAUGACACCUUCUCAAGGUAUGCUGGAUGUGAAUUCUUCAAUCAGAUGCCUUUGUCUAGGAAAACGAAAGAUGGGUUGAGAAAUUCCAAGUUUCUGCAAAUGACUGACAUUCAGAGAGCUUCUCUUCCUCAUUCUCUUUGUGGUCGUGAUAUUCUCGGUGCUGCGCAAACCGGGUCUGGCAAGACUUUGGCUUUUGUCAUUCCUGUUUUAGAGAAGCUAUACAAGGAAAGAUGGGGUCCAGAGGAUGGUGUGGGUGGCAUCAUCAUCUCUCCUACAAGGGAGUUAGCUAUUCAACUUUUCGGUGUUCUGAACUCAGUUGGAAAGUACCAUGGCUUUAGUGCUGGUCUGUUCAUUGGUGGUCGUCAAGGCGUUGACAUAGAGAAAGAACGUAUCAAUUAUUUGAAUAUCUUGGUCUGUACCCCUGGAAGGCUGGACCAUCACAUGCGUGAAACACCAAAUUUUGAUUGUUCUCAGCUUCAGAUCUUAGUUCUUGACGAGGCAGACAGAAUUCUUGAUAUAGGCUUUAAAAAGGAAAUGAAUGCAGUCAUAUCACAGCUUCCUAAGAAGAGACAAACUUUGCUCUUCUCUGCGACACAAACAAAAUCAGUUCAGGACCUAGCAAGGCUCAGUUUGAAAGAUCCUGAAUAUCUUAGUGUUCAUGCGGAAGCCACUACUGCUACUCCCACUCGCUUGCAGCAGACUGCUACUGUAGUCCCUCUACAUCAGAAGUUGGACCUUCUGUGGAGUUUCAUAAAGGCGCAUUUGAACUCGAGGAUUUUAGUGUUCCUUACCAGUCGCAAACAGGUAAAGUUUGUUUUUGAGGCCUUCAAGAAACUGCGUCCAGGUAUUCCGUUGAAAUGUUUACAUGGAAAGAUGAAUCAGGAGAGAAGGCUGGGAACCUAUUCCCACUUUAGUGAGAAACGUUCUGUUUUAUUUUCAACGGAUGUGAGUUCAAGAGGUCUUGAUUUUGAAAAAUCAGUUGACUGGGUUGUUCAGAUGGAUUGUCCAUCAGAUGUUGCGACUUACAUUCACAGAGUUGGCCGCACUGCUCGAUACAAUGCUGGUGGGAAAGCAGUUUUAUUUUUGGAGCCAUCAGAAAUAAAGAUGGUUGAAAAAUUACAAGAUGCAAAAAUUCCUAUAAUUGCAAAAUCGAUUAACAAAGAGAGAUUGCAGCCUGUUUCUCCUCUCCUAGCUGCUUUAUUAGUGAAGUAUCCUGAUAUGCAGCAGUUGGCUCGAAGAUCAUUUAUCACAUAUCUCAAAUCUGUCUGUAAAGAAAAGGAUAAAGAUGUUUUUGAUGUGAUGAAACUUGGGAUUGAUGAUUUCUCAGCAUCUCUCGGUUUACCAUUGACGCCAAAAAUUCGUUUCUCUGAUCAAAAAAGUGCAGGCAAAAAUUCUUCGAAACUAAGUUCAAUGGUGGAAUUAGAGAAGUCUGCUGCAGAUAAUUUUCUGGAAGCUCCAAAGACAUCUGGGAGUGAAUCUGAUGAAGAGGAAUCUGAUGAAGAGGAAUCUGAUAAUGAUCUGUUAAGGGAAGAGAGUUUGUCUGAAAAGAAGCCAGCAAUAACUGAACUUGAAUCUGUUGUGCCGGCUACCAGGGUUACAAAGAAAAAGAAGCUGAAAAUAAAUAUCCACAGACCUGUAGGCACAAGGACUGUCUUUGAUGAAGACGGCAACAACCUUCCACCCCUUGCUACUAUCGCAGAUGCAAAUGGGAUGAAUAGUUUAUCUGCAAUUGAUAAAGAUAAAGUACAAGAGCGAUAUCAAAAGAUGAGGGAACUGUUGAAGCAGGAGGAUAAAGUGGACAAGAGCAAUGCUCGUAAGCUCCGCAAAGAGAAAAGAAUGAAACAAAAAUUGAAGUGGAAGAGGGACAGGUUGGAAGAAGAUGAUGAAGAGGAUGCUUCUGAGUCAGAUGAAGACGCCACCACAUUCCGCCCCAACAAGAAGUCAAAAUUAUAUCUUGAUAGUGACAACGACGAUAAUGAUGGGGACACAGAAGACAAGAAAAAAGUGGAUAUUAGCACUAAUAGCAUCUCUUUGGCUGAGCAAGAGGAUUUGGCUCUCAAGCUUCUCAGUUCAAUGCACUAAAUUACUCCCAAGUCCCAGCUCUCCAAUCAGCUUGCCAUAUUUGUGCUUUGCACUUAUAUGAUACUUUGAAUAGUUAUGGAUGCUUGGGUGGUUGGGUAUAAUUUUUGUAGUUGAUAUGAAGAUAGAAAAAGUCCAACAGUUUUGAAGAGUCCAAGUAGACGUCAAUUUUUCAGUGCUCCAAGAGUCGGUUUACUUGGUUUGUUUAGUUUUCCUAUGUGAUAGGAGUAUUUGGUAGAUUAUGUUGUAAAUACAAGUUUACUCUGUUAUACAGUGGUGUUUCUUGCGGCAGGAUGUAAAAUUGAGUAUUUUGUUUAUUCUUCUUUUGUAAGGAUUUUUUUUUUCUUUAGAAAAAGAGUAGAAGUUAUUACUUGAUUAUGUUA